AGCGAGCCGGUCAUCCCCAUAGAUCCUCAUCUUGGGCAAUCGUUUGGCAUAUUUCUCGACCUCCUUUUUCUUCUACCCAACUUUAUUUUUUGCACUAACUCGCUUUCAUCCACAUACUCUGCUUUAUACGCGCUUUUUCUUCAACCCGUUUUCCUCGCAUGCACUCUCUUUAGCUCUCUCAGCCCGAGCGCAGCUCUCGACGAUUCUACUACAGCCACCAUCGGGAAGUUUGGUCGCGCUUCCUGCCUCGCCUUUCGAUCCUCUGCAUACACCGCAAACUGUACCGGUGUAGCACAUGAACUCAUGUUUUUUCCACAACUCUGAACAGCUCACGAGCUGCCUGUCCUCUGCUACCGAUGAAAGCGUUGGGCCAAACAAUCUAAUACCUUUUUUCCCCUAGUUGCGCCGUUGCCCGGCUUUUAGCGCAAUGCCCGUCAAGCUCUCUCAGAAUAUUAACAGCCUGCGCGCCCGUCGAUUUUUCAUUUUAGCUAUUGUCACCCUAUCUAUAGUCUCCUUUCUUUAUUCUGCAGCGGACACAGCAUACGUGUCUGAAGUGAGAGCGCAUCUAUCGUCAUGGCCGAACCCCUACUCAUCGACCUCGUCCACUUCGUUAGUCGAAGACAAGACGCAUUCCAUAAGACUGGAUCCCAGAUGUGCAAACUUAACGGGGGCGGACGAUGUACUUCUCGUUAUGAAGACAGGAUCCAGCGUCAUUGAGAAGAGACUGCCAGUUCAUUUCAACACGACAUUUCGUUGCACCCCACAUUUUCUCGUCUUCUCUGACAUGGCCCAAAACUUCAACGGUCUAGAGAUUCACGAUGCGCUCGACGAGCUCUAUAAAUAUGUUGACAUGUCCAAUCCCGACCUCGCGUACUAUAAGUACCUGAAGGAGACGAGCGAACGGAAAAAGAAGAAGGAAGGGAAACAGCAUCAGAACAAAGCAGGCGACUGGAGUCGGUAUGAAGAAUACCACUACGAGCCGGAAAAGGACGAUGAGAUUGAACGUCCUGAAUUCCGGGAAAGUGAUUUGGCUUGGGAAAUGGACAAGUACAAAAACUACCCGAUCCUGCGCAAGAGCUACGCCAUGUAUCCGGAUAAAAAGUGGUACAUGUUUGUUGAUGCGGACACAUCCAUCAUGUGGUCCAACGUCCUUACUUGGUUGCAAAUGCUGGAUCCCACCAAGCCCAUUUACACAGGCUCGCAAAACUGGAUUGGCGACGUCGAGUUCGCUCAUGGCGGAUCCGGCUAUAUUGUAUCUCAAGCAGCAGCUAAGAUCUUGGCAGACGAGGAUGAGGAGCAGACAAAGGCGCAUACCAGUUAUGCCGAGGGCCAAUGCUGCGGAGAUAUGGUGCUGGCGCAUGCGUUUCAUGACAAUCAGAUCGCGCUCAACGGGAGCUGGCCCAACAUACAAGGUGCUAGGCCAGAUACCUUAGAUUACGACGAGUUCAAAUGGUGCCAUGCCGCGGUUACGUUUCAUCACACCUCACCUGAGCAGGUCGAGCAAUUGUGGCAGUUUGAUAGGGAAGUAGGACUUGUAAAGAAUAUCACGUACUCGGACAUCUUCUGGAAAUUUGUACAGCCGUCUUUGCAACCAGAGGCCAACGAGUGGGACUGUGGUGGCGAGGAUAUCUUGUAUCCUCCAAAGCGCUCGCGCGAGGAAUUUGAGGCCGACCCCGAGGCGUCGUGGGAGCCGAGUCCGGAGGAAGAGGCUGCCGUAUUCUCAUUUGAGGGCUGUCGCGAUGCUUGCCAGCGAUACGCCGAAUGUUUUUCUUUCGUAUACCGACCGAACGUCACGAGCGAGGGCCAGCCUUUAGACACUUGGCCCGGGCAAUGUGGACUGAGGAUGGAGACGAUCGUGUUAGGGGAAAAGAGUACCGAGGGUCUUGACGUCGGCAGAGGAGCCGUGAGGAGCGGGUGGGAAAUAGAGAAGAUCCAGACGUGGACUCGUGAGCAUAGCUGUGAUCAGGCCAAAUACAUUACGUGGUGGGGCGACGAUGGCAGCUUGGAACCUACGAGCGAAACGAGCUGGUAGUGUGACGUUGUUUAACCCACGAAUCAUCGGUGGAUGCACGAGAUGCCAGAUCGUCUGGAGUUUGUUGACAGAACAAUGCAACCAUGGCCCUGGCCCCAGCACACGAUCCAAUAUAUAUGUAUAUUCAUAAUUCUAAUGGAGAAAUGUGGUCUCGUCAUUAGUCGUGACGAGAGAUUUUACGAACACAAAAAGAA